AUGUCCGCGUCCUUCUUCGACGCCAUCGGACACAUGGGCGAGCAGGUUGCCCUCAGCUGGCUGAUUCUUGACCUCACCGACAAUCCCUUCAUGGUCGGCGUGUCGCUCGCGCUCCGAAUGGCGCCGCUCUUCUUCCUCGGCAUUCCGGCGGGCACAAUCGCCGACAUGGUUGACCGCCGCCUGCUCAUACGCUCUCUGAACAUAGUCAUGGGCCUCCUGAUGGUGGGUAUCGGCGCGCUCCUUUACCUUGAGAUGCUCCAGGCGGCUGCCCGCUCGCGCCAACCCAUAUUGCAGAACCUGCGGGAGUUCGGCGGCGAGCUUCGGCGCAACACCCCACUGCUGACACUGGUGAUUAUCGUCGCAGCUACCGAGACGCUGGGCUUUUCAAGCGGAGCGACGUUACCGAGCCUCGCUCGUGAUGUCCUGAAUGUGGGCGCGGAGGGUCUUGGCUGGCUGAACGGUUUUCGCAGCGGCGGCGCGGUGGUGGCGAUAUUGCUGCUCUCGCUAUUCGGCGAAGUGGGGCGCAGGGGCGCGCUGCUGCUGCUCAAUCUGCUGGUCUUUGGCGCGGCGCUUGUGCUGUUGGGGCAGUCUCCCGUAGUCGCCACUUUCUUGCCCGGAGGGGGCACGUCAGGUGAGUCCGCCAGCUUGAUUCUCGGACAGUCCCCCGCGUUUGUGAUCGCGCUCCUGGCGACGGGAAUCGUAGGUGGGGCGAUGGCGAUGUCCGAUAUCUUCUCGCAAAGCAUGAUGCAGAACAUCGUGCCCAACGAGCAGCGCGGGCGCGCAAUGGGCGCGUGGAUAGUGGGCAUCGGCACCGCGCCGAUCGGCAACUUGCAGGUGGGUGCAAUUUUGAAGGCUGCAGGGGUGGGAAUAGCAUUGAGCGCCAACGGCAUCGCGCUCGCGCUCGUCGGAGCCGCCAUCUUCGCCUUCUACGGCAGGAUGCGCCGGAUGUAA